CUUUUGUCUUAUUUAUAUUUUCACAACCUUCUUUUAACAACUUUCUACAUCAUGGAAUACUCAUUGCUCAAUCUCAAACCUAAUACCUCGCUGCUGAACCCGCACUUUGAUGGGUACAAACUGUGGCUCGUGGAUAGCGACGACAGCGACAAGGGUGCUGCGGUUCAGUCAUAUCCGUUGGCCUCAGCCGACGCAGACCCGCGCAAGCUUGCAACAGGCGCGCACUUAUCAUUUGAUGAGAUGCACUCUCGCAUCCACUACAACCAUUUGUUUGUCGGACCAACGGACGGUUCGUUUAUAUACAUAGACUCGGAGAACAGGGUCAACCUUGUGGACAUCAGCGGUCAGAGCGUACGCACAUUAGCUAUCUUUGACAUUCCACAAAAGAAGAGCCAAUAUGCUCUCGACGGUUAUCCGGGAGCCUACUCCUUGGACGAGGAAACCAUACUUAUAUUUGAUGGUUUGUCUAGCGCAUAUGUGCUUCAGCGGCAAAAUGGACUCUGGGCUGCUUUGGGCGCCUUUGAAAUUGGAUUCGGAUCAGUAGUUGCCGGGCCGUCAGAUAGUGCUGACCGGAGGAACAUGAAUUACAUUCUGGGAGCCGCUUUGGUGGGCGAAUCUAACCAGCCUGCGAUUCACCUACAUUUUUGUUACCGCAUAGACCGCGAUAUUAGGCGCAAGGGGCCGCCAGCCACGACAACAUCUACAAAAAUACUGCAGCCUGUAUUCUGCAUCAGAGCCGUCAAAGUGGAUCUUCGAACACUUGUAGGCAGCUUGGAUGACGAUGGAGAUGCAAUCCCGCAGCUGUUUGCUCUCGACGUUCACUCACUGCACAGUCAUGCGAUCCCCGUGUACUGCGAGUAUCUCGGUAGCGAUCACUUUGUCCUGGGCGUCAGGGAUGGGGUUGCGCUGGAUGGCACCGAAGCGCCACCACAAGAUACUAUGGCUGUUGCUGGAGUUCCAGAGCCGUACUACUGGACACAAACAGACAGCGAUGUGACAGUAUGCAUCCAGCUGCCGUCGAGCAUUAGCGCUGAUCAGAUAGCAUGCUCACUGACGCGAGUCUCGCUUACUCUCGAGUUUAAUAACGCGCCUGAUUGCGAGACCAAGUAUUCAUUCAACAACACAGCAUUCCAUAGCCAUAUCAUGGCUGACGAGUCGGUGUGGACGCUUGAAAACGGGCGGCUGCUGACGCUGUAUUUGCAGAAGGCACGCAAGGGCGUGCGGUGGACGACGGUGUUUAGCACGGACGACGGCGUUUUGGAGACCAUGGACUCUAGCGAGUUUGCUGUGAUUCGCGAGCGGCUGGAAAAGUACACAUCGGAAAACAUCGAUAUGCGCAAGCUUGGUGGCGGGCUACCCAUCCAGUCGGCGGCUGGUGCAAUGGACCAGGAUGAUGAUGACCUUGAGGGCGAGGAUUCGUCAGUUGUUUUUUCGGUUCGGAAUUGGACCACAGGGCAGGCAGAUGCAAGCAGUGCUGCCGAAUCACCUGACUGGCUUUGCCCGUCGUUUCCACGCGCCCCAGCGAGCAGUCGAAAUGCUGGUCAAGGAUGCGCGCUGCCCCCGGUAUGCCUUAAAUUUGAUGUCGACGGUGUAGUGUUUGCCUUUAAACCCGACGAGGCAAGAGCAUCUGUAGAAGCCCAGCACAUAGGGACGUUUGCCGCGCUAUCGUACAUUCAAGGUAGCAAGCGUGAGAAGCGAUUUAUGUUUGUUGAUGCUAACAUGUCUGUGGCCGUGCUGGCUGAGACCCGGCGCCGAGUCUAUAUCUACCACCAGGCUAAAAGUGAAAACGCCACCAAUGCAGUCCAGAAUAUUGUGGACUUUGGCGACUCUGAGCUCCUGGGCAUACAAAAUACUGGCAAAACGCUAGUCGUUCUGUGCAGCAGCUCGCUGUAUCUGGUCGACCUGAACAAAUGCUGAUUUAUUUUUCUUUUUGUUGUUUUGCAAUAAAUGGCCGAACAAUAUGAUACCGAGAUAUGGUUGUAAAUCUGGCGUCCCGGUUAUUGCCUUGUCACCAUACAAUCCUACUUUUACGCAUUACCAAUUGCCCUAUUACCCAAACCAUGUGCAAAUAAAUUUAAUAUUGGUUACUUCUCAGGCACCUCAUCGCUGCUGAUCAAAAAC